AAGGAUGGGCUGUAAUUGGAGGGGCAGGAGUGCCGAUCUGCAGGAUGCUACUUGGCUAAAAUUUGUCCCAGGUUCCAGAAGGAGUUGCUUAGUCCAGUUAUGGAGCUAUUCAUUCUACUAGUCCUCGGCUUGUGCUGCCACCAUGCCAGUUCCCUCCAGGAUGAUGAAGUCGACGUAGAUUGUGAUGACCCAAACGUCUUCAGCAUUGUGGAUCAAGCAAUAAAAGCAUUCAAUGAAGGAAAAGCAACCAGCAAUGUGUUUGCUCUCAAUGUGAUCCUCAAAGCUAAGAAAAAAGUGGGUCCUAGUGAACAAUACACCGUGAACUAUUCAAUAAGGGAGACCAUUUGCCCUGCGGGUUCUAUUUCCUGGAAAAAAUGCCAGUUAAAACCAAUCUCUGAGGCAUCCACAGGCAAUUGCACAGCCCAUAUUCACAUCAGCGAGGGCUUCACCAUUAUGGAGACAUGCAUCCUAUACCCAGUUGUGAGGACAGUUAUUCCAGUCCAUGCCAGUUGCUUGGGUUGUUGGAAGCCCUUGAACACCAAAAGUUUGUCUUUGCUGCCCCUUGUGAGACAUACCAUACGGCAAUUUAACCGUGAUAGUGACCACCCCUUCCAUUUUGAAGUAGGAAAAAUAACAAGUGCCAAAAGUCAGGUGGUAGCUGGAUGGAACUAUAAUUAUAAGUAUUUGGUAAAAGAGACCAACUGCUCCAAGGAGGCAUUCCCGGAUCUGACGCCAGAAUGCAAGCCCAUUGCUGGCGGCCGUAUAGGUGAAUGUGAAGUCAUGGCCUAUGUGAACAUUUCAAACAUCCUUGUAUAUGCCAGACAGAAGUGCAAACUCCAAGAAGUUCAUCCUCCUGAUUUAUGUCUUGGUUGUGAGGUAAAAAUUUCAACUCACGAUCAAGAAAUGAUGGAGAUGCUGGAGGAGGCUCUCAAGAAGUAUAACUCGGCAAAUGAUGAUCACCUCUUAUAUACAAUUGAUGAGAUAAUAAGUGCUACAUCCCAGAUUGUGGCUGGAGUAAUCUACCGAGUAGCCUUCAAAAUCCGUGCAACAAAUUGCUCUAAAGCUGAAGUCCAGGAACUGAAUGAAAACUGUGUUGCUGUGACUAAUGCUAAACAACUGGACUGCAAGGCUUCACUUUAUGCGAUACCCUGGUUGAGUAAAUUCUAUCCCCAAGUAACAUGCAUUUACCAACAAACUACUACGAAUGCCAGAUCCAGAGGAAACCAGCUCUUGAGGAUAUCAUCCAUGCAUCAGGUGUAUAGAAGACCUCCCGGUUUUACUCCUUUCCGAAGUGCUCGUCUGGCAACCAAUCAUGAAAAUGCCGAUGGACUAGGUCAUCUCCAUGGUCACGGCCACGGCCACGACCAUGGCCACGGCCACGACCAUGGCCACCACGGCCAUGAAUAUGGACAUCAAAACCCAAAAGAUAGGCCUUCUGAGGAAUUUUCUGAAGAUUUAAAAAAUCAAGAAGAUCCCUCCCUCAGAUCAGCUACUGAAAUCACAGUGACGCCAUUAACUAUAGGCCAUCCAAUAACACACCCAACAAGAAACCCAAAUGAAGAAAUUGCUGGUACCCCUGAUCCCCUGUUACAAAAAGGUAGCACUUGGGAUUCUCUAUUUGAAUCACAGCCAGAUCUGCCAGAACCAAUUCUUUCCAAGUGCCCAGGAAAACCAUGGAAACCUGAACAAACACCCACGGCAUCUCCACCGGACUCUGAUGAAUUCCGUAUUGAAGAUGCUUUACCCUGAGCAGCUUCAUCCAGCAGAAUCUGAAGAUUUUGAGCUUUUAGGUGAUUUGCAUUAAUUCAAAACCAUUUUAUUACUUCUUCUGCGUCUCAUAAAAAAUUGCAGCAGUGGUGGUAAAAAAACCUCUUGAAACUCUGUCUCAGGCUGUGUACAAACAUAACGUUAGGAAUUGGAGCAGAUUAUUCUUCUGCAGGGUGAACCCAGGUUUCCUCUUGUUUAUGCAGUGUAAUCAACAGACAUGCAAGCCAAGAAGUCAAAUACAGUUUAGUCAGCACUCCUGCCUCUCCCCUCCAUGCUUCAGGCAGGUUGUCUAUUUAUUUAUUUUUCUUCUUUUAAUGUGCAGCAUGUACAAUUGUAAACAAAACACAUUCAAUGAUUUUUUUAAAAAAAGGAAAAAUAUUUUUUUAAAAAACAAAACAACCUAUGAAACUGCUGUAGGCAUGAAGAUAGGUUUGUGAUAACACAGGUACUAGCCAAUCAGCAACAUGCACAAGUGGCUUCUGCUGCAAAUUUACAGAGCUGGUUUUCCCUGAGCUCAGCCCUAUAGAGAAACUUGUUCAUUUGAACAGGACACAGUGAGUGUGCUCCCAGAAUGACCUCACCACUCAUAUAAUAUUAUGUUUGUAUGCAGCCUUGGUUAGGCACUAAUUUUGAAAGAGAGUCUCAAGUGUGAUUAAAUUUCCUGUGCCUGUUCCCCCACCCCACCCCGAGACAUCAGAAGUAAUGUCAUUGCAGCCAAUAUUGUUAUAGUAGCAUUAAAAGAUUAAAAACAAAAACAAA